AUGGCUGGGCCACAGCCAAAACAGCAGUAUCCUGCUAUGGGCCAAAUGAACGGGACUUUCAAUCCCUACGCGACCGCGUUGCAACCGGUUCAGCAAACUGCCCAGCAACUAGCUCAACAACAAGUAGUGUCGCCAUAUCAACAACAUCAUAUGACGUAUCAUCAUCAGCCAGCUCAGGGGCAACCAGGUGCUCAAUAUACCCCAAACGGUCAACAGCAACAUGGUGUACACGUUUUUUCUCAGGGUCAACAGCACCGCGCCGAACAACUUCGUGUACAGCAUCAGCACCGCGUUCGCAAUCCCCGUUCCGUCCAAGCUCCACAAGGAAUUCCAUCUCCUGCUGGAUCACAGAUUGUACAACAGGUUGGGCAGUCUCCCGUGAUGCAAUAUCAACAGUUGCCUGAAUACUUCGUACAGCCGCAAAUAUCGCAACAAUUGACUCCACCAAACCAUCAGCCGGUCUUGAUGGCUCAGGGAGUCUCGCAAAUACCUGUGCAGCCUCAGCUUUUCAAUACCAUGGCCCCAAUGACUCCUCCAAUUGGCGCUCCAUCGCCCAUAAAUCAACAAGCAGCCUUUGCUCAGCAACCCUUCAACAACGGUUCCAACCCGAAUGCUCAUCUUUCUCAAUUCGACCAAUCUGCUCUUGCCCCUCGUCAGGUCUUGUCUCAUCAAUCCAUCCCUCAACCACAAAGAAUUGACCCGAAGGAUGCCGCUGCCAAUUUCUUGUCCAUGAUAAAGCAAUUUGUGGAGACGCCAAUGGACUUUUACAUACCUGUUCGGAUAGUAGAAAAUAUGCGACUAGCGAUUGGAGACUGUCCCCCUUUAAACACGCGUGAAUACCAUGACUUUUACGAAGCCAAGCGAGCCUACUUCGCGCCUUUUGUCCACUUCAUCUGCGACAAUGAUCCCGAAAUUCCUGAUGACCACAAGAAUCUGGCAUUGCUCAUGGUAAUCUUGCGACGCUACAAUGCCUUUGACCCAUUGUUUGUCCACCAUCAAUUUGUCGAGGCCUACCAAUACUUCGCUUCAAGAAACAUGUCGCGCCAAACAAGACGAAUGGACUCAUUCGUUUUGAAUCUCAAGAAAGCCAACUUCUUCGACGCAGCUUUGUAUCAGGAUUUCGUGAUUUUAUGGGAAUACCUAGUGCAGGUCGUACAGCAGCCGAGACUGCAUCCAGUGUCUCAACCUACACCACAGCUCCCACCGCAGCCCCCACAACCUGUGCCACAGCUCCCGCAACCAAUACCGGAGCAGCCACUGCCAAUACCGGAACAGCCAGCGCCAGUGGAGCAGCCAGAUCCCGUGGAGCAGCCAGCGCCCGUACAGCAACAGCCAGCACCUGUACAAGAGCAGCCGCAGCCCACACAGGAGCAACAGCCGCAGCCGCAGCCGCAGCCCGAGCCGGCACAGCAACAGCAGGCUAUACCGUUGCAGCUAGAUCCCUCGAUAAACUGGGACGAGUGGCUCGACCCAGCGCUGUCCAACUACGAGUUCGGCGCCCUGCCCGAGUUCGACGAGGCGCAGUGGCUCGCGAACUUGCCGGUCGACCCGAACCCAUCAUCGGACUAG